AGUGCGAGAGAGAGACAUAGAAAGCGAGAGAGCGAACGAGAGAGAGAGAGAAAGAGAAAUGGCGCCUCGAUGCUGCGUUCACUGAGCCUGUGUUUAGAGCCGGUCAGGAAGAUUCAGUGAGAGCAGACAUAAGGAAAAUGGUGAACACAAGGAAGAGUUCGCGGAGGGAGAUCAGCCCCUUUAUUUCCUCAAGGACCCGGUCAUCCUCGAGACUGGAGCGGAGCUGUGAUGAGCCCAAGGAGCCAUGUAGUGAUGUGAGCAGUCCCAGCAGUCCCCGUGUGUCCCCGCCCUCCAAGCGUACAAGGCGGCAGGUGGCCUCUGAGCCCAGCUCCACCGAUACCUCCCCAUCUCCUCAAACCAAGGGUCAGAGAGUCAGCUGGGACAUUCCUACUUAUCACACCAGGCUGUCUUCACGCAUUAUGCAAAAUGGUCAUGACCAUAUUAAUCACAGAAAUGAGAACAGUGGAGGUGGGGACCAUUCUCACAUGAACGGUCAUGAUGAGUUGAGGAAGAGCUGCCGUGUUAGAAAAAAACAAUUUCAACACCUCAAUCAGAGCCUGCUGUUUGACCAGCUUGUCAACAGCACUGCCGAGGCUGUCCUUCAGGAGAUGGACAACAUCAGCAGCAUCAGACAAAAUCGCGAGGUGGAGCGACUUCGCAUGUGGACCGGAGACCCCGAAGAGGAAAACAUUGACAUGUAUUCCCGGGUGAAGCGCCGGAAGUCCAUGCGCAGGAGCACUUACAGCAUGCCAGCACACCAUAAAGUCAAGAGCAAAACAGAGCAGGAAGAAGUGGAAGAAGGGACUGAAGAAUCUCACGGUGAAGAAGAAGAGGAUGCAGAGGAUGAUGAAGAUGAUGAUGAAGGGGAUGAUGCAGAAGAGGCGGGAGAGGAGAAUGACAGACCAUACAACCUCAGGCAGCGCAAAACUGUGCAGCGAUAUGAGGCACCCCCUAUUGAGCCUGUGAGCAGACGGCAGACCAAUGCUUCACUUUUUGACACUCAUAGAUCCCCAGCAAGAAGAAGCCAUAUCAGAGUGAAGAAACAUGCCAUUCACAGCAGUGACACGACCUCAUCCUCUGAUGAAGAACGGUUUGAGCGGAGGAAAAGCAAAAGCAUGACACGGGCUAGAAACAGAUGCUUGCCUAUGAACCUGACUGCUGAGGACCUAGCCAGUGGGGUUUUGCGUGACAGAGUGAAAGUGGGCGCCAGCUUGGCUGACGUGGACCCCAUGAACCUCGAUACCUCCGUGAAGUUCGACAGUGUCGGUGGCCUCAGUUGUCAUAUCCAGUCGUUGAAAGAAAUGGUAGUUUUCCCAUUGCUUUACCCCGAGAUCUUUGAGAAAUUCAGGAUUCAGCCCCCCAGAGGAUGUUUGUUCUACGGACCACCGGGGACAGGAAAGACCCUGGUAGCGAGGGCACUAGCCAAUGAGUGCAGCCAGGGAGACAAGAAGGUUUCCUUCUUCAUGAGGAAAGGAGCCGACUGCCUCAGCAAAUGGGUCGGGGAAUCAGAGCGGCAGCUACGUCUUCUCUUUGACCAGGCGUACUUAAUGAGGCCGUCCAUCAUAUUCUUUGACGAGAUUGAUGGUUUGGCUCCUGUUCGCUCAAGCAGGCAAGACCAGAUACACAGUUCUAUUGUGUCCACUCUGCUGGCAUUGAUGGAUGGCUUGGACAGUCGUGGGGAGAUAGUGGUCAUCGGUGCUACAAAUAGACUUGACUCUAUCGACCCAGCUCUCAGAAGACCGGGGCGAUUCGACCGGGAGUUUCUGUUCAAUCUGCCUGACAAGAAGGCCAGAAAGCACAUCUUGGAGAUUCAUACACGGGAAUGGAAUCCCAAAUUGUCUGAGCCAUUUGUUGAAGAACUUGCAGAAAAAUGUGUUGGCUACUGCGGGGCUGACAUUAAAGCACUUUGCACAGAGGCAGCCUUGGCGGCACUGCGUCGUCGCUACCCUCAAAUCUACGGCAGCAGUGUCAAACUGAGGCUAGAUGUCUCCACCAUUGUCUUGGGGCCUGGUGACUUCAGCAAGGCCAUGAGAACAAUUGUCCCAGCAUCCCAGAGGGCCCUGGCUCCCCCAGGCCGAGCCCUGUCCCCUACCAUGCGGCCCCUGCUGGCAAACUCCUUCUCCUUGGUGCUGAAAGCUCUGCUCAGAGUCUUCCCUCAUGCUCAGUGUUCUGACAGAGGCAACACACAUGGCCGCGACAAUCAACUGCUAGAUGAGGAAUUGUACAGCGAUGAUGACAAUGAGAAUUGCUCGUCUUCCAUCUACGAAGAUGAGCCUGCUGCAUCCCUCGAAGAGUCUUCUGCGGUGCACAGACCCUUCCUCCAUUUUUCUUUCUCUGCUCUUCGACAGCCCACUGCAUACCGGCCUCGUCUUCUGUUGGCCGGGGCCCCUGGCUCGGGACAGAGCUCCCACUUGGCCCCUGCGCUGCUGCACCAUCUGGACAAGCUGCCAGUGCAUCGCCUGGAUCUGCCCACCCUUUACUCUGUCAGCGCUAAGACACCAGAGGAGUCGUGUGCUCAGGUCUUUCGUGAGGCGUCUCGGAGCGUACCAAGUGUGGUUUUCAUGCCCCAUAUCUCUGAGUGGUGGGAGACGGUGGGUGACACAGUGAAGAGCACUUUUCUCACCCUGCUGCAGGAUGUGCCCUCUUUCAGCCCUGUCCUAAUUCUUGCCACGGCUGAGACUCACUACUCACAACUGUCAGGGGAGGUGAGAAGUAUAUUCCAGAAGACCUACGGCGAGGUGUUAACGUUGUGCCCUCCAAGUGAAGAGGACAGACGGAACUUCUUCUCUGAUUUGCUUCUGGUCCAGGCAGCCAGAGCUCCACCACGUGUCAGGAAUGCAGGAAAGUGUGAAGAAGUUCUGCCAGUGGCAGCGGCUCCGGGCCCCAGAGUGCUGUCAGCAGAGGAACAGCGCCGUCUGGCUGAUCAGGAGGAAAACACAUUACGGGAGCUCAGGCUCUUUCUCAGGGACGUGACCAAACGCCUGGCCACUGACAAACGGUUUUACAUCUUCAGCAAGCCUGUUGACAUUGAAGAGGUGUCAGACUACCUUGAAGUAAUUCAGCAGCCCAUGGACCUGUCAACUGUCAUGACCAAGAUUGACACACACAAGUACCUGACAGUGAAAGAGUUCCUGGUGGAUAUUGACCUCAUAUGCAGUAAUGCAUUAGAAUACAACCCUGACAAGGACCCUGGAGAUAAGGUGAUCAGACACCGAGCAUGCAGCCUAAAGGACACAGCCCAUGCUAUAUUUGCCGCUGAGCUGGACCCGGAGUUCGACCGCAUGUGUGAAGAAAUAAAAGAGGCGCGACGGAAAAAGAACCUGCUCACACCACCUCCACAGACGGCUGCACCGGGUGCUGUGGCAACCAGAAAGCCCCCCGCCACGGGAGAGGAGCCGACCAGGAGCAGCACUCAGGGCGAGGCCACGGACAAACAAUGCGUGAGCUCCUCCAAUCAUAUAAAAAGGAAAAUUCGCCGGAGAUCCUCCUGGGGGCGGGGUAUUAUCCGUAAGAAGAAAUCCUACAAGAAAGGAGUAGAGGAGGAGGAAGAUGAGCCCGAGGCAGAAGUGGAAGCCGCAGGUCCCAGUGACUCGUGUUUGACGCAGGACGAGGAAUCAUCAUGUGACAUCACAGGCCCUCAACCCAACGGCCACCAUCCCCAUCUGCCGUCCACUGAGGAGGAGAGCUCCGAGGAGCCUCCGCUGGCGGCACCCACGGGACCCCCCACAGAGGUCAACGAAGCCGCAGAAAACCCAGCAUCUGAGAGGAACCAGUCCACGGCAAAAGAAGGAAAGACCGAGAACACAGAAAACCAGACCAAGCAGUCUAACUUUGAGCCUUUGACCGAAACUUCUGAAUCCUCUGAUGCCGAGUUGCAGUCAAAGCACACGGGGGAUCUGACGACGUCGCAUGUGGACUGUGUGAACGGGAAUGAGUCGAUGGACAGCCUGGACUCUGUGAGCCUCAGGAGGAGCAGUGAGGAUGACAAAGGCACUCCUCAGGGUGAAGCUGGCAGCUCUAACAAGUCAGAACAAAGGGUGCACAAAGACAAACUUGAGAGCCACUCUACUCAGGGGAUCCUUCUCCACCAUGGCAGGGCAGGGGCUGAAAGUGCUGAUGAAGACCAAGACAGAGAAGAGGGAGAGGUGAAAUGCAUGGACAGCUCAUCAGAGCAGCUGAAGGGAUCUGCUGAACGGACAGAGGAAGAGCCACAACCUCCUGUGCAUCCUCCAGUGGUAGUGGACCAUCAGCGACUUUUGGUGCUACUGGAUGUGGUGGUGAAGAAGAGUGAAGACUACAGCGUGGAGCAACUAGAAAGACUGUACUCUCUCCUCGGCCAGUGUAUAUACAAGUACCGCAGAGAGUACGACAAGACGCAGCUACUGGAGGAAAUGGAGGAAAGAAUCCAGCAUUUUCAUACAUUCCUGUGAGAUGGAGGAAACGUUUCGAUCAGGUAGACCCUGGACAGCCUUGGACCACAAAUACAAACAGGAACUGGGGGAGGAAAAGCGGUGGACCUUCUGAGUCGGUCCCUCCGACACAAACACAAAAACAGAACAUCCUGCGCCUUCUCUUUGCUGAGGGGAAGCGAACGAACAGAGAUAUUUAAUGGUGCUAUCGUCUCAGGAACCUGGCCAGAUCCAGACCCUCUCUUCACAACCAAACUCCUGGAGGUGUGUCGAUCUCACAUACAUGCACACACACAUCCACAGUGAUGGGCAAAUCUGGUGCUACUUGGGUGCUAUCCAAACUUUGAUCCAUGCUGCUCUUGGGGUUUUACUUCUGAACCAGUUAAUUGGGUGAUGUCCUAUGACACAACCUAGUCGCUUCUUUAGUUUUUUUUUUUUUGUCCAGAGCUGCGUGUAGACACAACUCGGUAUGCAUGUAUGUAUUUCUACUAAAAGACACACGCGUGCGUCACAAGUGCGUGCUGAUGCUUUCGGAUCAUCACCAGCAGACGGUGAAUGCAAAAGUGCCGUCGCCGCCAGAAGGGGUCAGAUAACGUUCUGAAUCAGUGAACUAAGUUGCUGAGUCCUUCUUGCCCUUGAGUGCAAGAACGCUUCGUCACAGGCCAGUUAUCACCGUCAUCUUAUGCGAUGGCUCCCUCUUUUUUUUUUCACGUAUUAUAGCUUCUUGAUUAGUUCAGUAUCUGAGCCAUCGUCAGGAACACUCACCCAGAACUGGAGUUUACAAAAGAACUUCAAGUGCAAACACAAACCUGCUGAUGUCGGCACAGCGGGGUUAGAUGAGAUUUUGUCCUCUUCAUUACAGCAGUCAUCAGGUGUGGAGAGCCGUUAGCCCCCCUCAGUGUUCACUCAGCAUCACUGUCGAACAAGUGUAGCCCGUAGAUCAGCUGUGAAAAAAAAAGGACACGCCUGACUCUCCUGUCCUUCAACAUCCUAACUUAUUUUCUCCUAAUAGAUCCUUCCGGCAGCACCCACGUCCCACCAUGAAUGUCUUCCCCCUUCCCCACCUUAUACCUAAUAGUUGAUUUUACUGUCCAGUUGAGCAACUGGGAGCAGUAGGGAUUGGAAUGCGUCUAUAGUUUUGCACUGCCUAGUGUGUGCCUUGUGUAAAUCUAAAAUUGGGCAGGACUUUUUUUUUUAACUAAUUGUGACAAUGAAUAAUCCUUGAAGUUGGGGGUGAGUGUUAACCACUGAGGUUGAAAUGACCUUAAAAGCAAAAAAAAAUUGUGUUUAUAUAUAUCUCAAUGCCAUUAGGUCCAUUAACCACAUAUCUAGGUUAUAUAUCUCUGUUUUAGUUUUAAUGUCAACCAAGGCCAACGCAAAUAACUGUCGGCCUUUAAACACUUGAGGGACUCAAUUACUUACUUUUUGUUUUGUUUUGUUCGUGUGGCCAAAACAUUUUAUUUGUUUUUCUCACCCAAGGUCAUUUUAUAUCACUGAUUUCUCAACACCUUCAUAAAAAACAUAACUACAUAUCUGAUUAAAAAUUUGUUUUUGUGCCAAGCGUUUUCUCCUCCCUCAAUAGGUGUUGGGGAAACCAGGCAUGUUCACAGGAAUUAUUUUUGUCAGGUUGUCGACUCAUGUUUUAUAUUUUUUUCAUUUUUUAAUAUUUUUUGAUAUGUUGAUUUUUUUUUUUUUUUUAGUUUGUUUGUUUUACAUGGAUUCCAAAUCCAAAUGGAAAAAGGUCAUUCUAGGCAGUGCCCACCACUGAGUGUAUAAAGCAUUACAAGAUUUUUUUUUUUUUUUUUUGUGUGUACUUUAGUGUGUAAAGAUCACCUCGAUUUAUUCCAUUGUUUUCAACUUCAGACAAGAGAAGCUGGAUUUCCUAUGUAAAGAAUAUGGUAGAACUUGGUCCCAUUGAAUUUUUGGAUUUUUACUGAAGCUUUAGGACGUCUCCUCGUGACCUUUUAUAGACCGGAGAAGACCCCCUUGUUUCCCUCUUGAGCGCUCUUUUUCGCCCUGUCCCUCUCCGAUCUCUCCUCUGUGCAACUCUGACUCCAGCUCAUCUCUGCCUUUUCCUCAGACUCCAGAUAACAAAAGAGAUCAGAUGCAAACUGGCCGUGACAGGUUAGCACUCGGGCUACUGCAGAGGAAGAAAAAAGAUAACAACGCUACCUCAGAUUAAUUUAUUGAAAAUUGUUUACUGGGUACCACAACACACGCAGUAUUUUUUCAUCCCCCCAAAAAAUACUGUUGCGACGUCUACCGAACCUUCUAAGGUGUUGGAUCAGUGCGACCUCGGCUGCUGCAGUAAUCCUAGAGUUGGUUAUAUCUUCCUGAUUGUUUUGUAUGUUUGCAUUUGAGCCAGAUGACGAGUGCGUAAAUGUUUAAGGCGUUCUUCAUGAGGUGUAUACUUAAUACUAUGAUUUCAGGUAAUUUUUUCUACUGAAUGUGGACUUUGAGGGGGGAGUUUUAGUUCUGCCCCCCGUCUUGUUAUCAUCCCCAUUUCUUCGUAGCCACAGAGGAACGAUUUUUUACCUCUAUUUUUGGCGAAUUUUCAUCUCAUGUUUUGGUUAUUUAUUAUUAAACUUGGACUUCAACUUAUGUUUUGCAAGUUGUCUUUUUGCGUGUAUGAGUUCAAGGAAAUGGGGAAACCAACAUUCAACCGCUCUGUGCGUUUUACGGAUUUUUUUAUUAUUAUUAUUUUAAUUUUUUUUUGCAGCGUUUGUGUAGCAGGGUUUUUUUGAGCAUGUUGAGGGAAGGUCGAGGAUUUACAGGUCUCUCAGGUUCACAACAACAUUACUCUUUCACCUUUUCUAUUUAUUUCAUUUUUGGGGUUUGUUCCUUGUUAAAAUUGUUAUGGACAGUGGCAUACUGGAACAAACUGAUUAUAAAAAAGUCUUUGUGUAGAGCAUCCCUAGUAGAUACACAAGACCAGGUUGAAGCUUUUUGAAAUUUCAUUUCUGCCCAGAGAAUUAUUCUAAUGAUUAAAAAUGUACAGGGAGUUAUACCAUGGGUAGUUUUAAAUGUCAUACAUUGUGAUCUUCCUUUCUAGGAUACAGUAGUAACCAGUAUGGACUAACAACCAAUUUUUGUCUGGUAGUUGAAACUCCUUAGUCCAGUAUGCAGAAGGAGAAAAGGUUUGGUUUAUCCUGGAUUCUAUUUUUGCUCACAGUACAUUUAGAUGGACUUUCAUAGCUUUUGUCUAUUCUUUCCUUUUGUUGUAUUUAACUCACUCUGUUGGAAAUUUGUUACUUUAGUGUAAGUUCAAUUUGAAAUGAAACAUUUACUGUAUUUCUCUAACACACUGCUGUGAUAUACUUGAAUAAAGGUGCAAAUUGUAAAAAACAAAAAACCUGAUAACCUGAUACCUUAGUAAACACCAAACUCACAACAGGAAAAAAAAAAAUUAAAAGAAAAGCAUUUUUUUUUUUUUACCGAC